UUAGAAAUCUAAUAUCUUCAGAAAGUGAGUCUCAAAAGCAUUUCAUCAGUUUUGGGGACCGCACGUUUGUUAAUUCAUCUGUGGUGAUAGGUGAGAAGUUUUUAAAAUUGAUCACGAUAUACAGGAGAUUCGUAUGGUAUUCUCUUAUUGUGCGUUGAUUCCUAAACGAUGCAAUCCACGCUUGUUCAAUUGACAGUCAGUGUUCAUAGAAAUCCUACGUACAAGCAUUAAUGCUUUGGUGUUGUCUCAAUUUCAUUUUGUGUCCAAUUAUUCAGUAAAAUUCCAAGUGUUAACUAGAAAUUGUUUAAGAAUGUCCACAAAUAAGUCAGACGAGGAGUGGAAAUGUAUAUUGAAUCCUGAACAGUAUCGAGUAGCUCGUCUUAAAGGCACAGAAGCACCUUUUACUGGCGAAUAUUAUCAUAAUAAAGAGAAAGGGGAAUACCUCUGUGUAUGUUGCGGAUCAAAACUUUUCGAUUCAUCUGCAAAGUAUGAUAGUGGGUCAGGUUGGCCAUCGUUUUACCAAGUUCAUGGAUCAAAUGGACGAGAUGAUUCACAAACAAAUAUUAUCAGAACAGAAGAUAAUUCACUUGACUCAAUGCGAAUAGAAAUCUCAUGUAAACAGUGUGGCGCUCAUCUUGGUCAUGUAUUUGAAGAUGGACCUAAACCAACAGGUUUACGUUAUUGUGUAAACAGUGCAUCUCUGUCAUUUAAAAAAGCAGAAUAAUUAGUGGAAAUAAUAUCAAUGAGAUCAGUUGACUGAUAAGAAUGCGUCAGGUUGUUGUAAAAAUUGAUUAAAUUUUCUUCGUUGUAUGUAUUAAUCAGGUAUCCGUUCAUAAAUUCUUACGGUUUCUUA